GAUAAAGCAGGCAUAACUUAAAAACAAGAAAGACAAAAGGUUACGAAAUAUCCUAUAAAGGAAAUAACAGGAAAAAAUAUUAGUCCAAAAGGCAAAGUGCUUAUGGAAGGAAGAAACAUCACAGAAAGCUCUCAUAGCCUAACAAGAAACUAGGGGAAACUUUCUUGGGGGAAAGAAAACGAUUCCCCAAAAAUUUUCAGACAAAAUAAGAACCAAGAACACAAAAAGGAAUCACAAGACCAAGAGAUACAAGUUGUGGAAGUGUAGAACUGAGCUUUGCUGUAGCGAUUUUCGGUAGGGAGAGGCUUGGGAAGAUGAUAUCAUCCUUUGCGACACCGUCUUCUUCUUCGUCUACGACUUCUCCGGCGUCGUCAGUGGUGGUUCGAGUGGAGAAGGCCACAAGCGAGCUACUGAUCGGUCCUGAUUGGACUUUGAAUAUUGAUAUUUGUGAUACCAUCAAUUCCAACCAUUGGUAUUUUCCCUUCCUUUCUUUUCCUCUUCAAAGUUCCUUACUUUAUAUCUAUGGGGAUAAAGUUGACUUUUUUCCCUUUCGUUAUUCUGGCAGUUAGCUCCACAAGAUUACAAACAUAAUUCAUUGGAAUGGUUUUUGCAUAAGUGUAUCUGAAUAACUAGUAUUGGAUUUUCGUAGUUGGUUUUGCAUGAACUGUUGCUUGAAGUUGAUGGGGGAAAGGGGUUUCUGUUCUUAUGAUUAUGCUUUCCAUAAUUUAUUUCAAAACAGUGAUCAUUUCCUCUUUAUCAUUGUUCUGUGUUUCUUUGAGUGACUUCGACAAAAGAUAGAGAAACAAGCGAUCAUUAGCUAUUGAUUUUCUUAAAAACCUCAGGACUUAUAAUUAAAUCCAUAAUUCUUGCUGUUAUGAUGUUAUGUCUAUGAUGUAUUUCUGGUUUUUGUCAUUUGUGUGUAUUUUACUGAAGUACAAGUAGUAAACUGCAAUCUCUCUCUUGCUGCUAAAUUCAGGUUAGCCAAAGAUGUUGUGAAAACUUUGAAGAAAAGGCUGCAGCACAAGAAUCCUACAGUGCAGCUACUUUCUUUAACGCUUCUAGAGACAAUGGUGAAAAACUGUGGCGAUAUUGUGCACUUUCAAAUUGCAGAGAGAAAUAUACCGCAAGAUAUGGUCAAAACUGUAAAGAAGAAGACUGAUAUGCAUGUGAGAGAUAAAAUCCUUGGCCUACUAGACUCUUGGCAAGAAGCGUUUGGUGGUCCGGGAGGGAAAUAUACUCAGUAUUAUUGGGCGUAUGAUGAACUCAGGCGUUCUGGUGUACAAUUUCCUCAGCGCACUUAUGACGCGGCUCCAAUUCUUACUCCGCCUAGACAGCAUCAACCAGGUUAUGGAAUGCCAAGCAAUUCUUCAACAAGACUUGAUGAAGCCAUGGCAGCUGAGAUGGAAAGUUUGAGUUUAUCAACCAUUAGCUCAAUGGGGGAUGUUGUUCAUCUCUUGGCUGACAUGCUGCAAGCUGUGAAUCCUGGUGAUCGUACAGGUGUGAAAAAUGAAGUUAUAGUUGAUCUUGUUGACCGCUGCCGUGCCAGUCAAAAGAAACUAAUGCAGAUGUUGACUACAACCGGGGAUGAAAAGCUUCUAGCACAGGGUCUGGAAUUGAAUGAUAGUCUACAAAGUGUGCUUGCAAAACAUGAUGCCAUUGCUUCUGGUGCCACUGCAUUCCCAAGCUCAGUCUCAGCCACCAUUAAUCAUCAGCCAUCAUCACCGGAGCCUGCCACCCCAAAAGUAGCAGAAAAUGCUGCGGCUGCACCUGACACUAAACAACCCUCUUAUGAUCUUGUUGCCCAACCCCCCAUACCUAUUUUAGGCGAAGAAGAAGAAGAAGACGAUGACUUCGCUCAGUUGGCUAGAAGGCAUUGUUCGAAAACAGCUCAAGUUCAGAUGAAUGGAACGGCAGUGUUCUCAGAUUCAGCAGACAUGAGCAGCAGUGCUUUGGUUCUUUGUGACCCGCCAGAACCAGUGAGAACCAAAAAAGAGGAAGAACAAGAUAUAAUCAACGAGCUCUUGGGGAGCUUAACCUUGGCAACAACUGCAUCUUCUCCACCACGUGCAGCACAUACUCAGCAAGAUCACGUUCACCAUACACCCCUUUCUCCUAUUGGCAACCAAGAGGCCGAUUCAGGGGCAGCAGCCUUCAACAACUAUGUAGCUCCUUGGGCUAAGCCGCCGCCGCCACACCAGUCCCAACCUGAUCCUCAUCAUCAAUACUCUCACUACUCUGCUAGUGCUUACCCACCUCCACCUUGGGCUUCAACUCCCGGUUAUUUGAGCAGUAACCGAUCAACUUACACCCCCCACUCAACUCCUCCGCCGGUCAGUGCCAACAUUGGAAAUCCAGUCCAAGCAGACGGAGGAAUCAAUGCUAACGAUGCAGGUGGUGCACGGAUUUCAUCAACCCCCCAGCCAGCAGCAAAUGCACAGAAAACAUUUGUUCCCUCAUAUAGGCUGUUUGAAGAUCUAAACGUUUUCGGUGAUGAAAACCAGAAACUCAAGAUGACGAAUAACCCUUCGGCCUGUAUGUCUGGAAAGCAUACAUAAUUGCAUCACUCUCAACUCUCAACUGAACAACUCACAUACUCAUCCCAUCAGCCAUAUAUAUAUUCUUACAAUGGCUGGUGGCUGUCUAUCCUUAUAUGAUACUGUCAAUAUGUGAUGUGUACUGUGUACAUGGAAAUGCAAUCCUUCUUUCUGCAACACUUGGAUUUGUUUUUAAUUUUGUUUGUAGGAAGAACUGCCUAUUAAGAAGAUUGAUCUGGUUUCUGGCACACAUGUUUCCAAGAUAUGCUUGUAAAAUGCUUAUAUUAUUAGCCGCGUAGUACUGAAGAGG